AUGGCUGGGACACACCUUACAUUUCUUGUCUUUCUUUCUUGGCUUACUGUGUGCAUCAUGACGACAAAUGCAUACAAAACCAAUUCCAAUGUGGUAGACGUUAAAGUCAUGUGCAUGGAAAGGGAGAAACAAGCACUACUUAAGUUGAAAGAUGACCUCGUGGAUAAGAACGAUCAGCUUUCUUCAUGGGGGACUAGUGAUGAUUGCUGCAAUUGGACAGGAGUUCGGUGCAACAACAGAACCGGUCAUGUUUAUGCACUUCAGCUUAAUCAGCAGAAACUCCAGUUAAAUGAUUCUACCUUGGAAAAAAACUAUUCCAUGCAAUUCAAAUGGGAUAUAAGCUCUCCCUUGCUUGAGCUGAAACACUUGGCAUACUUGACUAUGAGUAUGGUUAGAGCAACCUCCAUCCCCCAAUUCAUUGGUUCAUUAAAACACUUGAUGCAUCUCGAGAUGUCCGAUUGUGAUCUUAGCGGAACUAUUCCUCAUCAGCUAGGGAAUCUUACCAGGUUGGUUUUUCUUGAUCUCAGCAACAAUAAUUUUCACAAAGUUGAAAGUCUUAGCUGGCUUUCUCGUCUUCCUGCUUUGAAACAUCUUGAUUUGAGCUCCACAGACUUGAGUGGAACUACAGAUUGGUUUCAAGCAAUCAAUAGCCUCCCUUAUUUGCACAACUUGUAUUUGAGUGAUUGUGGGCUCUCUUUGGUGAUUUCUCCACCAUUAUUUCAUUCCAAUUAUUCCCCUGCAUCACUUGCAGACAUUGAUCUUUCUCAAAACAGCCUUACAUCUUCGAUCUUACCCUGGUUGUUUGACUUCAACAAUAGCCUUGUUCAUCUCAAACUUUGUUAUAAUGAAUUUCUAAGGAAAAAUCCCAAAAGCUUUGGGGCCAUGAUUAAUCUUGAAAGUCUUGAUCUUUCUGAGAAUCAUUUUGAAGGUGAAAUACCAAGAGCCUUGGGGAAUCUUGGUAGAUUGGAAUCAUUGGAUUUGUCUUGGAAUAGUUUGGUAGGAGAGGUGCCUGAUAUGAAGAAUCUUUCUUUCAUAAGUACAUUAGAUCUUUCCGAGAAUAAAUUAAAUGGGAGUUGGAUCGAAAAUAUCCAGCUACUUUCUCAUCUUGAAUACUUGGACAUCUCCUCAAAUUUCAUGAAUGGAACAAUCUCAGAGAUUAGCCUUUUGAACCUGACCAAAUUAACUUACUUGGAUAUUUCUUCAAAUGCAUUUGUUUUUAACUUGAGCUUAAACUGGACUCCUCCUUUCCAACUUGAAACCUUAAUUAUGAGAUCUUGCAAGCUGGGGCCUAGUUUUCCUCAAUGGCUACGAACGCAGAGAAGAAUUUCCCACCUGGACAUCUCCUCAAAUUUCAUGAAUGGAACAAUCUCAGAGAUCAACCUUUUGAACCUGAUCAAAUUAAGGUACUUGGAUAUUUCUUCAAAUAUCUUGCAAGUCGGGGCCUAG